GUCCGAGGCCUAUUUACCCCAGUUACGAAUAGGGGCCGUGGAAACAUGAAGAGGGUAAACAGCUGUGUGAAGAAUGAUGAACAUGUCCUGGAGGAGCUGGAAACAGAAGGGGAGAGGCAGCUGAAAAGCCUCCUUCAGCAUCAACUUGAUACCUCUGUCUCCAUUGAGGAAUGUGUGUCUAAGAAAGAGAGCUUUGCUCCUGGUACUAUGUACAAGCCCUUUGGGAAGGAAGCAGCUGGGACUAUGACUUUGUCCCAAUUUCAGACACUUCAUGAGAAGGACCAGGAAACUGCUUCUCUCAGGGAACUAGGGCUUAAUGAAACUGAAAUCUUGAUCUGGAAGAGCCAUGUUUCGGGUGAAAAGAAGACAAGACUGAGGGCAACUCCUGAAGCAAUACAGAACCGUCUUCAAGAUAUUGAAGAAAGGAUCUCAGAGCGUCAGCGUAUCCUUUGCCUGCCACAGAGAUUUGCAAAGAGCAAACAGCUGACCCGACGAGAAAUGGAAAUAGAAAAGUCUUUAUUUCAGGGAACUGAUCGUCACUCCUUCCUUAAGGCUCUUUAUUACCAAGCAUACCACAAAAAGACAAGUGCAGACAAGUACAUGACCUCAAUGAAGAGGAAGAUAAAAUUAGGCACAAAAGAUGAACCCCAAAAGAAGAACAAAGGUGAUCCCAUGAACAACCUGGAAAGUUUUUACCAAGAGAUGCUAAUGAAAAAACGUCUUGAAGAGUUCCAACUUAUGAGAGGUGAACCCUUUGCUUCCCACUCACUGGUCUCAGCUACAUCAGUGGGUGAUAGUGGCACAGCUGAGAACCCGUCAUUACUCCAGGACAAGGGAAAACAGGCAGCACAGGGUAAAGGUCCCAGUCUCCAUGUGGCAAAAGCUAUUGAUUUUUCACCUGAGCAGUGUUGGACUGGGCCUAAGAAGCUGACGCAGCCAAUAGAAUUUGUCCCAGAAGAUGAGAUCCAGAGAAAUCGUUUGUCAGAGGAAGAGAUCCGAAAAAUUCCUAUGUUUUCUUCAUAUAAUCCAGGGGAGCCAAACAAGGUAUUAUACCUGAAGAACCUUAGCCCUCGGGUGACUGAAAGAGAUCUUGUCUCAUUGUUCGCUCGGUUCCAGGAGAAAAAAGGACCUGCAAUUCAAUUCCGAAUGAUGACUGGACGAAUGAGGGGCCAGGCUUUCAUUACCUUUCCCAAUAAGGAGAUAGCACAGCAAGCAUUGCAUCUAGUAAAUGGAUAUAAUCUACGUGGGAAAGUAUUGGUGAUAGAGUUUGGAAAGAACAAAAAGCAACGAUCAGAUCUCCAAGCUGCUUCUCUCGUAUCAUGUGCUACAAAUAGCACUACAGAAAUCAGUGGUAGUUAGAAGAUAUAUAGAUUGUGGGUCCUGGAUGGUCUUUCUUGUGUCAGAAUCUUGAAUCUAAGAUUUAUGUAUAGAUAGCAACUUGUUUCGAGUUGAAGAAGAACUAACUGAGAGAGGAAAAACAUAAUUAGGACAAUCUCUUUCAGCUUUUGGAGAGAAUUGGUAGAAAAAAAUUUCUGUAAUCAAAGUUUAUAUAGAACAGACAGUAUGCUAAGUAUGAAGGGUAAAAUACAAAGAGUACUAUUUUCUCAUGAUGAAUUACAAAGGAUUAUUUCUGAGGAUUUUUUUUAAAUCUUUAUAGUUUUUUUAGGGUCUUCGACAUUUGUCCCUAGAGGUAACAUUUUUGCCAAGACCACCUCCUAUAUACACAACUAAGAAAUGAAUUAAAUAUUGAAAUAUUUAUUUACUAGA